GCAACCAAACAGUACUGUGAGCACUCAAUCAAGCAGUUGACAGUCUCAGAUUAAAAGCAAAGGCUGAAAAACAACAAAUCUCUCACUCUAUAAUUACUCAUAGGAUUCAUUUUGAAGCAAUUGUAUCAUUUUUAUGAUACAAAUACAAAUACAAAUUGUAAGUAUCAAAUUUAUAAUGGAGAACUGGUUGGGACUUCUGAGAAUUCACAUAAAAAGGGGAGUAAACCUCGCUAUCAGAGACACAAGAAGCAGCGAUCCCUAUGUUCUUCUCAAGCUGGGCAGGCAGAAGUUGAAGACUCGUGUGGUCAAGAAAAAUUUGAAUCCAGAGUGGAAUGAACUUCUAACUCUAUCAGUUUCAGACCCAAAUACUCCAAUCAAGCUUUUUGUAUAUGACAAGGACACAUUCAGUUUCGACGACAAAAUGGGAGACGCGGAGUUUGAGAUUGGCCCGUUUCUGAAUGCCUUAAAGAUGCGUUUGCAGGGCCUCCCAGAUGGAACCAUAAUCUCAAAAGCACAACCCACUAGAAAGAACUGCCUUGCUGAAGAGAGCAGAAUUGUAUUCUCUAAUGGAAAACUUGUUCAAGACUUGGUUCUGAGAUUGAGAAAUGUGGAGUGUGGUGAAGUUGAGCUUCAAUUGCAGUGGAUUGAUGUUCCCACUUCAAAGGGCUUGUAGACAUUAAAAUAAAUAUAUAAUAUUUAAGUUCCUUCAGUUUCCCCAUAGAACAUUACAAUUUAUAGCAUAAAAAUAUAGUCAUGUGUAUGUCUUUUGAAGGAUCCUGCCAUGUCAUUUGGUAUUCUGGAUCAGAAAGAAGAUAUUUCUUUCUUCUUUAUCCACAAAGAACAUCAAUAAAAUAAAAGA